GGUAGGACGUGAAAGCAUAAACAGCAAGCUGCAUUCUAAAUCACUCUGAGAAGGGUUUAAUAUCAUUAUUUCGUGGGUUUGAUUGAAAUUUAAGUAGUCAGCAUGGUUGGAUGGAGUUGCUCUGCUGUAGUCUUCCACACACUAGUAUUAAUUAGCGUUGCCAGAAAGGAGCCUCGUCUACCUUGCCAUCUCAAAUGGGUUGAGUCAAGCGAGGGGAAUCCAGUACCAUACAACGCAGUUCCAGCCACAGUGGUUGCUUCAGGCUCGGUUAAAAAGUUCAUCGUUCGUGGAUACGAUGGGGCAGGAAGGUACAAAGUUGGGACUCUGCAUCGGGAAGAAAGAACCGCAUAUUUUACCAUUCCUUCACAAAAUGGAACUGCUACGCAACUUGCAAACUUCGAUGUGCUAAUCAACGAAUAUGAUUGUGACUUGACAUGGGUUGAGGGUAAUAAAUACGCGUAUUUUAUCUAUAAGCUAUUCAACACGUCGACCAUACCGUUAGGACGAACGAGUUACGAAGGUACAUGGUACCCUGGAGCAAUUUAUAGCUCAGAAACACUUACGGCUGCGAUUGACAAUUCGACUGAGUUGGUAGAGGCAUCUGAUUUUCAAUAUUUAAUUUCAUCUUCUGCUGGAUUUCAAUUAGAAAUACGAGAUUUUAUAUUUGAACCGGAUAUAUUUGGGGGAAAUCCAACUCUAAUGGGGUACGAUGAGAUACAUAACCUUUCAAAUUGUUCCAUUACACAGACACUGACACACACGCAGAGCAUUACCGAAUCCAAAACGGUUGUAAUGAGUUUAACAAAAACCUCUACGAAAACUGAUGAAUUUAGUCUUAACCUGGCGCUGUAUAAGAGGGAAGAGACGAAAACCGAAACAUACACCUGGACCAAUGAGACAACAGUAAAAACCGAAACAGAGAUAACAAUUUCGGUUUCAAGAGAAGUUUUAGUUCCAGCUUUAGAAUCCGUUGUAGUUUGUACAGCCAUACAUUUUAUUGAGGAUUUUCAAGCAAGCUAUUUAGCAAAAGCGGUAUAUAGAGCAAAAAGUUUAUCAGUUUCCGAAAUAAUAAGCGAACUUGCAAAGGACAAUAUCCGGGACUUAUCGGUGGAAAAAGGAAAUGUAGUUCUUAACAACUAUGACGGAGAAUUCAUGGGGUCUAUUGCUCUAAACACACAAUUUAUUGUUUCUCCGUAUGAUGGGUUAGAAGGCUGCAAGCAACUUGUGGCAAAUGACAACCAAAGAAAACAAAUGAAAUUCCGUCAAUUUGAAUCGAAAUUUCGAUGAAGUCAAACAUGUAUUAUAAAAGUACAAAUAAAUAUGUAUACGAUAAGAAA